AUGAGUGAGGGGGAGGAUGAGGAGGGGAGGAGGGGAGCGGGAGUCCGCCUGCCGUUCAACGCCGACUCGGCCCGUCCUCCGACGACCCAGUUCGUCUUCCAGAAGUUUGGCCAGGAGGGAGGAAGAGAGAAGGAGGAGGAGGAGAAGGAGAAGACGCCGGAUGCCGGCGAGAGAGGAGGAGCAGCGAGGGCGGGCAAGCGCUACGGUGAGUAUGGGGUGGGAGGGGCGGAGGAGACUGGUCUGGCGGCCGGAUGGGGAAGCAGCAGCAGCCACGAACCGCCGCUCACCACGCAGCUUCCCAGUCGGUGCGGAGACGUGGAAUUAAAGAUCACAGCUCAGCCGGAGUCGAACCACCGCGCCCGCUAUCUAACUGAGGGAAGCCGCGGGGCCGUGAAGGAUCGUGCGCAGAAGGGACACCCUGCCGUCAAGCUAUUCGGUUACUCCAAGCCGGCCAAGCUUCAGGUGUUCGUGGGAUCGGACGCAGCGAAGGUGCGACCGCACGGCUACUACCAGGCGUGCGAGGUGCAGGGAAAGAACUCGUGCCCCUGCGAGAAGCGGCAGCAGGAAGGAACCCACAUCAUAGAGUUGGAGCUGUCGCCCGAGUCGAACAUGACCGCCGUAUUGGACUGCGUCGGAAUCCUGAAACUGCGUAACGCGGACGUCGAGCAUCGUCUGGGCGUCGCGCGGUCGCGUAAGAAGUCUACGAAGGCUCGUUUGAUCUUCCGCGUGACGCUGCCCAGGCAGGACGGGUCCAGCUACACACUACAGACCGCCUCCAUGCCAAUACUAUGCACGCAACCUCCUGGCCAGCCAGAGAUCUGCAGGAUGUCUCUCACGGAGUCUCCACCAGAGGGAGGUCACGACCUCUUCAUCAUCGGAAAGAACUUCCUCAAAGGAACACAUAUCGUCUUCAUCGAGAAGGACACGUAUGGCGAGGAUAUUUGGCAGGCUGAAGCGGCCAUCGAGAAAGAGUACUUUCAAACUACUCACCUGAUCUGUGCGAUUCCUCCGUACAAGGACGUGGAUAUCACGGAACCGGUGGAGUUGUUUGUAUCGGUGCGGUGUGUGGAUCGUUGCGGUGACCUCCAACCCUUCACCUAUAUACCGAAGCCAAAGGAAGUGAAACCUGAUCCGUUGCUGGUGGACGUCACUACAAACCUCUCAUCAGGAAUGUCAAGGGCCACGCUCGAGAUCAACCGGCGAUUCCAGAUCAGCGAGGGACAAUCACCGUUCGCCGUCAACGUGACCGUCGUCUCUCCGCUGCAGCGCCAGCCGCCGCCGCCUCCACAGACGCACGCUGACCUGCCCCUGGCGGCGGCGACGACGGCGACGACGGUGGCGCCCUCUGACUUCGUCGGCAUGCUCAUGGGAGACUCAGCCAUACAGUCACUGGGCGGAGGCGGCAGUGCGAUGGCGCCACUGUCUGCCUCCGCGAUGGCGCCACUGUCGGCCACCACGAUGGCGCCACCGUCGGCCCACCAGGUGGCGCCGGUCGAGCACAUGGACGCGUCGUCGGCUGCCGUCGGCGCCACCUACCAGCUGGACAAGCCGCCGGCGCUGCCCAUGGACACGUCGCCGGCCGUCGCCAUGGAGACGACCCCGCGACCCGCGGCGGCGGCCCUCGACGACGCCGCCGGCGCCACCUACCGGCUGCCCAGCGUCGCGAGCCUGCUGCCAGCGGCGCCCUCUGGCGAGGCGAGCGUCGCCGAGGGGCGCCGCACGAGGCGGCGGCGGCGGCGGAGGCACGGGGCGACGCGGACGCCGGCGGCGGGGGGUUGCUAG